AUGAAGAACAAAACCCCUAACCCCUCUUCUUCUGUCCUCUCUUUCACCAUAUUUCUUCUAUUCUUCUUCUUCUUCUCCACCUCCUCUGUUUCAGCCUUCAACAUCACCAGACUCCUCAAUCGAUUCCCUGAGUUUGGAGCUUUCAAUGAUUUACUCACUAAAACCCGUCUCUUUGAACAAAUCAACACUCGUCAAACCAUCACCGUUCUCGCUCUUAACAACGCCACCGUCGGUGCCAUUUCCGGAAAUUCUCUCGAUGUCAUUAAACAGAUUCUCAGUGCUCAUGUUAUUCUUGAUUAUUACGAUGUUGCAAAGAUGAGGAAACUUUCAGCUGAUAAAGCUACUGUUCUUACCACUAUGUUUCAAUCCACCGGCGACGCUGAGAAUCAACAAGGCUUUUUGAAAGUUGUGCUUAAUAAAAGAGGUGAAGUCGAAUUCGGAUCUGCUUCUAAAAAGGCUCCGCUUAGUGCUAAACUUGUGAAACCUGUUGCUUCUCAGCCUUACAAUAUCUCUGUCUUGCAAAUUAGUGCUCCCAUUGUGAUUCCCGGCAUUGGUGUUUACAAUCUGCCCCCACCGGCUCCUGAAGCCCCGUUGGUGGCGCCGGUUGAGGCUCCGGCUCCUGAGGCUGAUGCUCCUGGACCGGCGGAGGAUGAAGCGGAUUCUCCGUCUGAUGCUCCUUCACCGGCUUCAAAGGCACCGGCUCCGUCUGCGGAUGCGCCUGAUGCUCCGGUGAGUUCUCCUCCAAAGGAAUCUGAUUUGGAGGAUGCAGAUGCACCGGGACCGUCCGAUGAUGCCUCCGACGAUUCGACUUCGGAGGGUACACGGGGGAAGAUCGGCGGCGCCGGAGCUAUGGUGGCGGGAUUGGUGUGUCUUUGGUUGGUUAAAUUCUAA